GCAUAUGCAUUUAUCUGUCAAUGUGUAUCAGUCAGCUCUUGUCGUGCAACAGUAUCCGCGUUGUCUUACAUUAGCAACUGAAUGCUAGCUGGCUAACAUUCAUGUUCGCAAACCAGCCAAAUAAAGUGUGCGAGUAAAAGUGUGCGAUUCCGAUGGUGGCGUGAGACGUGUUUGUGUGUUGAGACGAUCAGAUGGAUGUUUUCCAGCAGCAAAAGAUAAAUUCGUCGCGUAUACAGAAAACAAUCAGAAUGGAACCUGCUUGCCGUAAGGACAAGCCAAAGCUCAACUCGACGCCAACUAGAGGAGACCGAUCCAAACAGAAAUCUGCGCAGCAGGAACUCAAACAGCGACAGAGGGCAGAGAUAUAUGCCUUGAACAAGGUGAUGACUGAGCUUGAACAUCAGCAGUUUGAGACCUUUUGUAAACAGAUGCAGCAACAAGGAGAGUGAUUAUGCUGUCUGUGCUGCCUUCAUUAGUGCUUUUCCUGGAUGAACUGAGGCGGCGGGUGGCACCGUUCUGAGCACUCACGAAUAUGCCUAUGCCACACUGGGGAUGACAUGGUAUUUCAUUCCUAAAUAUGACACCAGCAUUGGACAAUCCGUCUGAAUCUUUGUCGAACUCAUGUCACUGAAGAAAUUACAGUCGUUAUCAUUUUAAAUAUAUAUAUAUGAAUAACACUCCGGCCACUAUUGGGCGAGGGA